AUGGCUGUCAAGAAACAAACUGGCAAGCAACGAGUCAGGCCGACGCAAGAACGGAUUGAAUUCUCGCCAGACCCACCAUCACCUAGAUUGCCAGGCGCGCUCAGAGGUCUGAAUCCAGACAAAUAUAUCAUUAAUAACAGCGUCAAGCACACAGUGGAAUCUGCAGAUGGUGAUGACAAUGGCACCAAGAGUCCGCCGUCAACGAAGCACACUACUCGCGCAUCGCGAGGUCUCGGAAAAGAUGUCUCAUACGCAAGUGUUAUUCCAGUGACGCGCCCCAACAGCGCUGCAACCCGAAGACAGUCAAAGUCUGCUUCGCUUGCUAUGUCCGAGGCCGAGGAUGAGGAUAAUUCUGCGACGAUCGACAGCGACGAGGAUCUCAGCGAGGAAACAUCCCAUGAUGAGCCGUCCGAGAAUUCGCAGGACGAGGCCGAACCACGCAGGACGAUCAAGACCCUUGUGAUUGAACCACGCCUGCCAGAUCCGAAGGCAUCCCGCCACUCAGCUCGAGAGGCAGCGAGGAAAGCUGUCAAUUACUCCAAGAAAUACCACCCGCAGGACCACGGGAUCCCCGGAUAUCGACAUCGACCUUUCCUCACGCAACCAGAUCAGGAAGACUUGGUUGCUUCGACGAAUCGCAAGAAGCGUCCUGUCCCAAUCACCGAUGAAGCGGACGCAACUGAGGAUUCUGGAGACGAGCAGCCAGAGGUCGCGAGAGGCAAGCCGAGAAAGAAGUUGAAAUCACUUGGGGAUGAACCACCUUCACGAACAAAGAAGAAGCGAGGUGGUCAGCGGGCCGCGACCAAGGCCAAAGCCAAAGGCAAACAAACUAACAAGUCGGCGUUUCGUGCGAAGGAAGCAGAAGAAAUCGAUGAUCUUGUGAACAUGGCAAUCGCGGCAACACAGAAAAUGGGACCAAUCACCAUCAGCAGCAACGAUGACAGUGAUGUUGAGGAGACGCCUGAAUUGGCAGCCGACGACUACGACGAUCCUAUGCCUAACCUGCCGGGCAUGCUUUCGCGCGAGGACAGUCGCGAUACUGCGAACAUGCCCGACAAAUUGUUGACUGCGUGCACGCAAGUGAGCAACUUACCCGGCACGGACGAAUCUGGCACGGUGCCGGAUGAUGACCCUGCAGACUCACGCGACUCUUCGCUUGUCACUGUUGACACGAGCGCCACUCUGGCUCAUGAGGUCGCUACUCCUGCGACAACGUUCCAUGCCACUCCUGGUGAUGGUGCGGUGCCAUUCCCUCUGCCGACAUACGUCGAGGAUCGAGUGAGGCUCACGGUAGGCUCACAGUCUCCAGUAACAUUCGCAGCUGUGGUACGCACGCUAUUCGAGCAGCCUCUUUCCGGAACAGACGCGACACUAGUUAUCCAAAAGCCGUAUCUGGAAUAUCCACCGGCCCGUGCUCUGCAGGCCCGUGAGGACUCUGCAAGAUCGCCUUCGCCACAGGACACAGCCUGCAGCAUGGACAAUGAAGAUCAGAUUGAGACGAAGAGCGAAAGCGAGGUCGGUAUUGGGCAAACUGGCUCGAAGCUGCAGCCGAUUGUCGAGAGGUCGAACCUGGAGUUCCCGCUUGCUCGCGUUUCUUCACAGCACGGGACAUCUUCAAGCCCACCGAUGCCAGUAGACCCAGCCAGCAGUGCGAACGGCGGCCAGCAUGCUAGCGAGGAGUUCCGACACGAUGAGUCCCGUCACACUGAGCUUCAACACGAUGAACGCCAAGACGAUGAGCUCCAACGUGAUGAGCUCCAUCAAGAUGAGCUUCAAGACGAUAAACUCGAAUACGAUGAGGAGAACGAAGAUCCUUACGAAAUGUACACUCCUGUCGCAACCGAGUUUGAAGAUGCCAUGGCCGUGACAGAAAGCUCAGCAGGGCAAUCUUCGGAUCCCAUCAACUUCAUCGAGAUGUUCGGCGUGACUCAGAAGGACGCUACUACCCAGCAGUCUGCAACGCCAAAUCCGUCCACGCCGCGCAGGUCACAGCUCAUCUCUUGCAGAGAGGCCUUGGGCUAUGACGACUCAGACAUGUACCAGGAGGACGAGGCAAUGAGAGGUUGA